AUGGUCGUCGCUCAACUUCUCCUCGCCGCAGCGCUUGCGCCGGCUGCCCUGGCGAGCCCCCUCAAGCAACGUGAUGUCGCAUCCUACGAGGGAAAUCCGCUGGCAGACAGACAGUUGUUCCCCAACCCUUACUAUGCCGAUGAGAUCAAAAACCUGGCCAUUCCGAAGCUGAGUGGAGAGCUCGCUGAAAAGGCGGCCAAGGUCGCGGAGGUCCCGUCUUUCGCGUGGCUUGACACCCGUGAGAAGAUCAGCCUGAUGAACAGCACUUUGGCUCAGAUCCGCAAGCUUAACCAGGAGGGCGCCAACCCGCCGUACGCUGGUACCUACGUCAUCUACAACUUGCCGGACCGUGACUGCUCUGCCAAGGCCUCGGCCGGUGAGCUUGUCAUCGCCGACGGUGGCGUAGAGAAGUACAAGACGGAGUACAUCGAUCCCAUUGCCGCGCUUGCCAAAGAGUACUCCGACGUUCGUCAGGUGUUUGUCUACGAGCCCGACGGUCUCGCGAACCUUAUAACGAACUUGAAUGUUCCAAAGUGCUCCGGCGCCGCUGAUGCAUACAAGGAGGGCACCGAAUACGCCUUCAAGACCCUCAACCUCGAUAACGUAGCCAUCUACGUCGAUGCAGGCCACGCAGGCUGGCUUGGCUGGGAGAGUAAUCUGGCGCCGACGGCGGAGCUCUACGGCGAGCUGUACAAGAAGGCUGGGACGCCCAAGGCGGUCCGCGGCAUUGUCACCAACGUUUCCAACUACAACGGCUGGAACCUGACUACAGCGCCCUCAUACACGUCGGGCAACAACCAGUGGGACGAGUCCAAGUUCCACGCUGCGCUGACCCCGCACCUCAAGGAGGCGGGAUACCCAGCCAACUACCUCGUCGACCAGGGCCGCAGCGGCAAGCAGCCGACGGGACGACAGAUCUGGGGCGACUGGUGCAACAUCAAGGACACUGGCUUCGGCAUUCGCCCGAACGCCAACACUGGCAUUGACACGCUGGAUGCAUUCGUCUGGGUCAAGCCUGGUGGUGAGGGUGACGGAACCAGCGACUCGACUGCCGCGCGUUAUGACGAGAAGUGCAGCUCCGCGUCUUCGGUCAUUCCGGCCCCGGAAGCUGGAGCUUGGUUCCAGGAGUACUUUGUGCAGCUCCUGGAGAACGCCAACCCUCCGUUCUAA